AUGAAAUAAGAAGACGAAAUUUCUUAAUGCGUCGAAACAAUAAGAAAAAUUCCAAGCUUAAAUUCUAAAAAUAAAGAUUCAUAAACUGCAAUAUUUUAACAAGAUAGUAAAAUAAAUAAAAUAAGCUCAGAAUAAAAUAUCAUGAAUAAGAAGAAUUAGGGUGAAAAUUUUAACCAAAUAAAUUAACAAAUAGCUAAUGAGGAUUUACAUGUCUCUAAUUCUUAUAUCGAAGAAACACUCAACAACUUUUCUCCAAGGUCAUAAACAAUCUUUUCUUGCUUAUAAAUUAAUAAAAUGAAAAAUUAGGAACAUGUAGCAAACAUAAAAUCUUCAAAUGAUCCUUAAAUGAAUAUUCCUCAAUAAAAUGAUCUGUAAUUGCUCAAAUUAGGUUCUUCUCCCCCUCUAAAGGCUUCAGUUGCCAAAAAAAUAAAGUUUUUUAUUAGCUAAUUUUAUAAAAAAUACACAAUAAGUGGUAAAACAUUACUAUUGAAUAGUAGAAUAAGAAAAUUAGUAAGUGAUAAUAGUGAUUGCUUUAAGCCAUCAAUAUAAACCAAAAAAUUACCAAAAAGCAAUUUUCAUAAAAAUUUGAUUAAAUAUUAGAAUUGCUUUUAAAAUUUACCUCUUUUAGACUCAUAAUCUAGUUUAGAAUGUCUAUAUUUUAUUCAUAUAUAAGAUAAAGAAUGA